AAACCAUUAUCCACGAAAAUAGCGAAUAGAAGUCGCUGUUACUGAAUAAUAGUGUCAUGUCUUGUAAUUUUUUACAGCGGUUUAUCAUCUCAAAAUAACUAAUAUCCGUAAAACUUGUUUGACAUGAAUCUCAUUAUAGAUCAUUGUUUGCAUACGAUCGGAAAACGGCUUUCUUCCUGUCUUUUUGUAAACGUGUUAUGUUAAUUAUUAACUUGUAGCUUACUGUUUAUAUUCCCUGUGGAUUUUAGCUAACUAACUGUUUCUUAGAAUUUAAUAAUUUGACACAAACUUGGUAAUGGAAAAGCUAAUAGUUUAUAUCAAGGUCUCCAAAGAGAUCCAAAAGUGCAAUUCUGGUCACAUCCGCUAGUGUGUGCUAGUGUUACCAUAUGAUACAGGCCAACCUAUAACAGGGACUGGUGUAGUUCCUUGAAAAUUGUAUUUUUUGCUACAUUAAAAUAUCUGUUUCUUUGUAUUUCAAACAAGCUUCUUAGCCAACAUGCCCCGCUCAGUCAAGUCCCUAGUUGACAAGCGUGGACUUAGGUCAUCUUCCCAAGUGAGCACGCCUCCAAUAGAGGACCUGGAAGUGGAAGAUAUUAUACCAGGUCGCUUAACUAAGGCCCAAUGGACAGACCUGUUGAUCCAGGAGGAUUCAGAUGAGAUAGUCGGGGAAAUAAUGGAGGAACUGUUCAGCAAAGUCAUGGAAGGCUGUUUCAAGGUGCACAUUAAAAAACAGCUGGCACCUUUUUCCGCAUUCUGGGCCAAGAGCUACCUCACAGAGAUUGUGGAGCAGCAAAUCAUGUGCUUAGAUGACGAAGAACAAGAGGAAGCAGCUAAAACAGAAGACUCAGAGCCGACGGCAACCAUUCUAGAUACCUGGGCUCAAGGAUGUGUGCCUGUAAUAAAGGUGGCUGAUAUUGGUAAUGUCUCACAAAUAGAGCCAAGUCUAAACCAACAAUGUAAAACAACAGUCCAAAAAAGCAGUUCCCCAAAGCAAUCUAAGGAGCAAACAAGUCCUGAGAGGCCUCUCACUGACAAGCACUAUACAGUGCUUACUCCUUGCCCACCACCCAAAAUGAAUAGGAAAAAAUUGCAGCCGGUAAAUCUACAUCCAAAGCCAGUUCAAAGCAAACUACUGCCACCCCUGUCCUGUUCAGUAGAGAAAAAGAACAGGGUGUUAGCCAGUACAAAUGGGAAGCAUUCCGUAUCUAGCCCUAUAACUGGAUCUUCUUAUCAACUAAAGGACAGAAAACCCAUACCCAAGCUUGACCCCUCCUGCUUGCCGCGACACUGCAUCUUUCCUCAGCACGAGAUUGUGGAUAAAAACUACUCACAGUCCAUCUCCAAGAAACCAAGGGCUAACAAGCAGCAAAGUGAGCGGACAGAAAUCUCACUGAAGCCGCUAACCAGCUCCAAGGAUGAGCCAGCAAAGUUUCAGAGAAGUCAGGCAGAUGUCUGGCUGAAAAAGUUGUCAACUUCUAAACAUAGAAAGGAAGGAGUAGGUUCCUCUGGGCCUUUGCGGUUGGACACAAUGGAUUUGGCCAAAGGUGUUUCUUUCCAUGAAUCUCAGACAGUUGACAUUAACCCUGCCAAACGUAACCCUUCUGCCCACUCUACCGAUCUGAGUCUGAUACGAAGUGAUGCAGCUGUGCCACUCUUUUCAAUUGAUCAGGUUACCCAAGGUCCAUCACCUCAUUCAUUGUUUCAGUUCAAGAACUGCAACAACUCUUAAUAAAAUGUGAUCAUACGUGUCCAUAGCUGUUUUUAGAGCAGGUUGAGUUAUACGUUUUUGAAAUAAAAAUAUCCUAAUACGAAACCACAUGAUCAGCUGUGGGCUUUGUUGUUAUGAUUCAAUCUAAUCUACCUAAUUCUACCUGUUAACUACUGUGCAUUUAUAAUACCAAAAGUAGAAUAAUGUACAUGU